CCCUUAUAAGAAUAAUUCUUUAAAAAUCAACACAUCAAUGUCAGUUACUUUAUUACUUGGUGCUCAAUGGGGUGAUGAAGGAAAGGGAAAGGUUUUGGAUUAUUUAAUAGGGCAUUACAAGAUUGGUAUUGUUGCUCGUUCUCAGGGAGGAAAUAAUGCUGGCCACACUGUAGUCGUUAACAAUCAUGAAUAUGAUUUCCAUCUUUUACCUUCUGGAAUGGCUACAAAGGAGUGUGUAAAUAUAAUUGGAAAUGGUGUAGUCGUUAAUUUGGAUGCCUUAUUUUCUGAAAUUGAGAAGAAUGGAUUUAAAUUUGGAAGUGGGGAAGAUGAAGGGGACAGAAAGCUUUUUAUUAGUGAUUGUGCUCAUUUGGUACUUCCUGUACAUAUUGAAGCUGAUGGAUUUCAAGAAUCUUUGUUAGAAGAAAAAGCGUUAGGUUUUUUUGUGUUUUAUAUAAUUCUUGGCAGUCGUCUAGUUUACAUGGUCUCCGGGGGAAAAAGUAAGCAAGAAGUGCUCUGGCGAUAUUUUUGA